AUGUCUCAGGAUACACUCGACGGACCACCCUCCGAGGGGAGCCCUGUCGACACGGCGACGGAGCCCGGGAUGGGUCGGAGAUUGGGAACGUUGUUCUGUGCGCUCCUGUUCCUGGGGGGUGUGGGGGCUGUCUGCCACACGGGCAGUGCCAGAGAGUGCCAGGCCGCGUCCCCGGUACCAGGGACCAGUCUGGCCGGAGAGGGUAUCGACGUGGUGACGUUGACCCGCAAGGGGGCAUAUGUGGUGGACGUAGAGAGCUGGAAGCUUCCCAAUGGGGCCUGCACUCUCUGCAGAAACUCACUGAUGGGGGGUAAACGCCAGCGACUCCCCCUGGCCGCGGUGGACUGGCGGGCUCAGCGCAACUGCCGCCGGGCCGUGUCCAGCCAGCUCUUCCACUCAGUCUCCCAGCUGGCUGAGUCGGUCAGCUCCAGUGUGGACAACAGCUGGAAGGUUGGCCUGAAGCUGCCCGUCCAUCCCACACAGUCGGUCGGUUUAACACUGGCUGGUUCCAAGUCCAAGGUCACGUCCUUCAGCACCCGCAAAGCCCAAUCAGACCGCUACAGCUUCGCCAGCCAUGAGGUCCGCUGCCGCCUGUACCGCUACCGGCUGAAGGACCCACCCCCCCUGGCGCCCCAGUUCUCCGCCCACCUGCGCCGGAUCCCCAACACCUCCUACGGGGGAGCCCGGCACCACUACCGCCGACUGGUGCAGACUUUCGGAACACAUUACAUCCGGUUGGUGGAUCUGGGCGGCUCCUUCAAGGACGUGACGGCCAUCCGCACCUGCAAGGCGGCGGUGGAGGGCCUCACCGCCGAGGAGGUGAAGGACUGCCUGAGUGUAGAGGCCAGUUACGAGGUAGUUCAGGCAGGCAAGGCCACAGCUGGCAUGGGUUUCUGCAAGAGGAAGGCCUCGUCCCUGAGCCACGGCAGCAGCUUCCACCAGGCCUUCAGCGAGAGGCUGACGGAGGCCACAGGAGGUCAGUCCACCGGGGAGACGGACAUCCUCUUCUCCUCUGACCCCGCCGCCUUCACCAGCUGGCUGAAAAGUCUGAAGGCCUCGCCGGGGGUGGUACACUACCGGCUGGCCCCCCUCCAUCACCUGUUACCCACCAGUGACCGCCGGCGUGACCAGCUGGGGCUCUACCUCAGAGAGUACAUCAUGGCCAACGCCCUGAGGCGGGACUGCUCCAAUACCACCUGCCCCACCGGCAAGAGCAAGAGCCCCUCCGACCCCUGCUCCUGCCUCUGCCCAGAGAACAACUGGGUGGACCGUCUCUGCUGCGCCAAGCAGAAGGGCGCGGGGCACCUGGUGGUCACCGUCAAGAGGGGCUUCGACCUCUGGGGUGACUAUUUUAGUGGCACCGACGCUUUUGUGGUGGUCUCUUACGGGAAGGCCAGUGAGCGGACCUGGGUGGUGAACAAUAACAAUAACCCUCGCUGGAACGCCAGAUUGGAUCUGAGUACAGUGGUGGCCGAAAACCACCUGAAACUCACAGUGAAGGUCUACGAUAAAGAUCCCUUUAGGAAUGAACACCUGGGGACUUGCCAGGUGCCCCUGACCUCUGGCCACACUGAUCGUACGUGUUACCUCAAGCACGGCAAGGUCACCUACCGGGUGUACUUCACCUGUGAGUCCCACCUGCGCGGCCGCACCUGCCGUCAGUACGCCCCGUGUCCGGGGAACCGUGGGUUCACUGGGCUCCUGUGGACCAACCAGUCCUUCCCCUCGCCCGACUCCCCCACUUCCUCUUCGGGGAACGCCCUCCUCAAAGUUAUCUACCCCUGA